UGCUUGAAGCACGCAUCGUUUUCAGUAACGGUGUAUCCAUGUAGCGCGUUAACAUUGACAAUCCCUUAUUCACCCUGCAAGUGUGUAUAUAUGAAUGUGAAAAAUCCGUCAAAUCAAAUUGCAUUUCGGUCUUUGUGAAAAGCGAAUUUCGACAAUGCUAUCCUUUGGCAUUACAAGAAUAAAAUCGCCUUUACGAAUCUCCGGGACGCGAUGCCGCGUAUUACAUCCCCGUGAAUUAUUACAUCAAAGAAUCGUUCUUCGAAGACAUUUUUGCAACAGCACGAUCGCAUCCGAGUGUCCUCAGGCAUCAUCGUCCCAGGCAUUCGCAUCCCCGUCACACAUUAAACCGUACGAUAAAGUACCAGGCCCACGACCGAUACCAUUCCUAGGGAAUGCUUGGAGGCUGCUGCCAUUGAUCGGCCAGUAUCAGAUCUCGGAUGUUGCAAAGAUCUCGCAACUGUUUUACGAAGAGUAUGGCAAAAUCGUACGACUGAGCGGUCUAAUUGGUCGUCCCGAUUUGCUAUUUGUUUACGACGCCGACGAGAUCGAGAAAGUGUACCGGCAGGAGGGCCCGACACCUUUCAGGCCCUCCAUGCCCUGUCUGGUGCACUAUAAAAGCGUCGUGCGCAAAGAUUUCUUCGGUGAUCUGCCUGGAGUCGUAGGCGUACACGGCGAACAAUGGAAAGAGUUUCGUACGCGCGUCCAAAAACCUGUUCUCCAACCGCAAACUAUAAAAAAAUAUAUAACGCCAAUCGAAAUAGUCACGGAGGAUUUCAUAAGAAGAAUCGAAGAAAUUCAAGGAGAUGAUGGCGAAAUGCCCGGUGAUUUCGACAAUGAAAUACAUAAAUGGGCUCUCGAAUGUAUUGGUCGUGUGGCACUUGAUGUUAGACUCGGAUGUUUAGGCGAAGCAUUGUCUCCAGAUUCUGAACCGCAAAAAAUAAUCGACGCUGCCAAGUUUGCGUUGAGAAACGUGGCCGCGCUUGAGCUUAAGGCUCCCUACUGGAGAUACGUCCCGACGCCCUUAUGGAGCCGUUACGUGCGCAAUAUGAAUUACUUCAUCGAGAUAUGCAUGAAGUACAUUGACGCCGCAAUAGUCAGGCUUAAAAAUAAAAAAGCCAUGGACGAGAGCGAUUUGUCGCUAGUGGAACGAAUUUUAGCCAAGGAGACGAAUCCUAAGCUAGCUUAUAUCUUCGCUCUUGACUUGAUAUUAGUCGGCAUUGAUACGAUAUCAAUGGCGGUGUGUUCAAUAUUAUAUCAAUUAGCAAUUAGAUCGGAAGAGCAGGAGAAGAUACACCAGGAGCUGCUGCAGAUAUUGCCGGAUCCUUCCGUUUCUCUUACAACGAAUCAUUUGGAUCAAGCAAUCUAUAUGAAGGCUUUCAUCCGUGAAGUAUUUAGGGUGUACUCCACUGUUAUCGGAAACGGCAGAACAUUGCAGAACGACACUGUUAUUUGCGGCUACAAAAUUCCUAAAGGAGUCCAAGUUGUGUUUCCCACACUUGUCACUGGUAACAUGGAAGAGUAUGUCGCAGACUCGAAAACAUUCAAGCCUGCGAGGUGGCUCAAGGACGACAAUGAGAAAUUGCAUCCGUUUGCGUCGUUGCCAUACGGUUACGGAGCACGAAUGUGCUUGGGUAGACGAUUCGCGGACCUUGAGAUGCAAGUUCUACUAACAAAGCUCCUGAGAUCAUUUAAAUUGGAAUACCAUCACGAGCCGCUAAAAUACAAGGUCACCUUCAUGUAUGCGCCUGAUGGGGAACUCAAAUUUAAAAUAAUAAAAAGAUAGUGCUAAAAUCUUGUAAUCUCCCGAUACUGUAAAAUAGAUUUAAAACAAAAAAAUAGGACACAAAAUAUCUCGAAAUUUGCAUAUUAAUAUUAA